AUGGUCGAAAGCCCUGCGGACGACGGUGUGCUCCCAUCGCAGGAGUCUCACCUCUCCGUUCCCUCAUCUCCUUUAACCCGCCGCCGCCAGUCGAGAAGAAGAACCAGACGAAACUCCAUGCCCGAACACCCCGACGAGAGUACCGCCUUGUUGCGCCCUUCAGCCUCCCAUGUGCGCAUCCAAAGCCCCCUCGAGACCCCGGGCUUUCUGUCGAGAAACCACAGCUUCUCUGGAAGCGCUUACUAUGGAUCGACUAGACAUCACAUUCGACACGAGUCCUGGGGCCAACGCCUGGUACAAGCUAUCUCAGACCACCGCCAGGAAUCCAUGACCGAGUCCAAGCACUCCAUCGCCCCUGACGAACGCAUAUGGUACGAUCAGUUCACUUCCACCGACUGGGUGCACGACAGCAUCGCCGACGCAUACCGGGUCAGACAGCUUCGACAUCGUAAGGACUGGUGGGGCAGGCUGGUUGUCCUGUUCGAUGGCGCCCAGGGUUGGAUAUUGAGCGCUGUGGUCGGCUUUCUUGUAGCCGUGCUUGCUUAUUGCGUGGAUGUGGCGGAGACGACCAUGUUCGACUUCAAGGAUGGCUACUGUGCAAAGGCCUGGUAUCUUAGGGAGAAGAGAUGUUGCCCCCAUGGGCCGUGUACGGACUGGCGGUCGUGGUCUGAAGUUAUGGGCGGCCAUCCGCUUGGGGAGGCUUGGACCGACUUUGGGAUUUACCUCAUUGCAGUUGUCCUUUUCUCUGUCAUAGCCUGCCUGCUGACUCUCACGACCAAGACGGUGGUCCCUUCAGCCUAUCGGAUGUCAACUUUGGACGAAAAUCUAGCUGCCGAGCACUCGCGGGUUCCAGAUGACAACGAUAACGACGAGGACGGCGGUUCCGUGAGUCCGAGACAGUCUGCUCCUCAGCAGGUUGUCUCUCCACCGAUGAUUUACUAUUCUGCAGCAGGCAGUGGUGUAGCCGAAGUCCGAGUCAUACUCAGUGGCUUCGUUCUCCACGGUUUCCUCGGCUUCAAAACUCUUGUCAUCAAAUCGGUAGGGUUGGUCAUGAGUGUGGCGUCUGGCCUCAGCCUCGGCAAAGAGGGCCCAUACGUUCACAUAGCGACUUGUAUCGGCAACAUCUGCUGCCGGCUUUUCACUAAGUACGAUCGUAAUGAUGGCAAGAGGCGUGAGGUCUUGUCUGCCGCCGCAGCAGCAGGUGUCGUUGUUGCCUUCGGAGCCCCCUUGGGUGGUGUCCUUUUCGGCCUCGAGGAAGUGGCCUACUUCUUCCCGGCAAAGACGCUUUUCCGCACCUUUUUCUGCUGCAUCAUUGCAGCUCUGUCCCUGAAGUUUCUCAAUCCGUAUGGGACACACAAGAUCGUCAUGUUCGAAGUCCGCUACAAGAUUGAUUGGGAAUGGUUCGAAAUGGUAGGCUUCAUCCUUGUAGGGAUUCUGGGUGGAGCUGCCGGUGCCUUCUUCAUCAAGGCAUCGCGCCGCUGGGCAUUGAGUUUCCGGAAGAUUUCUGUCAUCAAGAAAUAUCCGCUAUUUGAAGUCGUUCUGGUGGCUCUAGUGACUGGGCUGAUUGGUUACUGGAACCCCCUUACCAAGCUCCCUGUCGCUAAGCUACUUCUGAAUCUGGCAGCUCCCUGCGAGGACGACACCAAAGACCACGGGCUAGGGCUCUGCCCAUCGAACAUCGAUGAGAUACCGGGCAUCAUUCGUACGCUUCUCGCAGCUUUCGUUAUCAAGGGGUUCUUGACCACCAUCACGUUCGGCAUUAAAGUUCCUGCGGGUAUAUACGUCCCAUCCAUGGUUGUUGGUGGCCUCAUGGGCAGGAUAAUUGGCCAUCUUGUCCAGUGGAUAGUCCUCCGAUUCCCCCACUGGGCUAUAUGGGGCUCAUGCCCUCUCCUUCAGGAGUCUACCUGCGUCCAACCGGGGGUCUACGCUCUUAUCGCGGCCGGGUCGACAAUGUGCGGAGUAACGAGGCUCUCCGUCACCUUAGCUGUCAUCCUAUUCGAACUGACUGGAAGCUUGGACUACGUGCUGCCUUUCUCCCUGGCAAUUCUUGUUGCCAAAUGGACCGCCGAUGCAUUGGAGCCGCUCAGUAUCUACGACCUGCUUACCAACAUGAACUCCUACCCUUACCUGGACAACAAACAUAAGCCUGUAUUCACCGGCGAGCUGGCAGAGAUCAUCCCUCGCGUUCGUCGUGCGCGCGUCAUCGAUAUCACCAGCUCUCCUCUCGUCCCGGCCACUACACUUCGUGACAAGCUGGAACUGCUCCACAAAGCUGGCGAGCUUGAUGGGGGACUGCCCAUACUGAGGGGUGACGUCCUAGUUGGACUGAUCCCUGCCCCAGACCUUGAGUAUGCCUUGGAUAAUCUCGAGGACGAAGCCUCCAAUCUCUGCCUCAUGGCGGAUGUGCCCAGCAUUGAUGACGAGGAUGAGGACGACCAAGACCCGACGGAUUUCACGCGGUACAUUGACCCGGCUCCGGUUUGUCUGGAUAUCAAGUCUCCGAUGGAUCUGGUGUAUGAAGUAUUCGCUAAGCUUGGUUUGCGGUAUAUUUGCGUUCUGAAAGAUGGACGCUAUGCUGGCAUGACGCACAAGAAGAGAUUCGUCAAGUACAUGCGCGAGCUCGAGGAAAGGGAGCACGAUUACUAA